AUGCGUCGGUUCGCGGAAUUACACUUUGCAGUUCUCUUUCUCCUUCUUCUGGUGCCCUCCUCGCUCGCACAGAUGACUAUAGUCAGCGCCGUGGACGAGAGCCUGAAGGAGGGCGCUGCGUGGCUUGAGGCCGGGAUUUCGCAGGCGGAGAAGGCGUCCAAAGUCACCCUGAACCACGACGUCGUCACCGUGUCCCUGGAUAACGAGGAACUGGGCCAAGAACAGCUAUGUUCCUCCAUCUUCAACGGCGCCGCCCUCCUGUUGGACGUGACAGCAGGGGGGUGGGCGUACGGGCGUGAAACCGCUGCCGCCCACGGAAUCCCGUACGUGCGCCUGCAGAUCUCGAAUUAUCAGUGGAUGUCAGCUGUGGACGAUCUCCUCCAGAGCAGGAACGCCACGGAUGCUGCUCUCAUCUUCGGCACAGAGGCUCAGCUCGACCAGGCCCUCUACUACCUCGUCGAAGGCUCGGUGGUCCGCGUGAUCGUCCUGGCCGGGAUCAUGUCCAACACGACGGAGACGCUGAAGAAGAUGCGACCGGCGCCGUCCUACUACGUCAUCCUCGGGACUUCCAAGGAGAUAUCCGCGCUCUUCGAUAAGGCCAUGCAAAAUGACCUCGUUACGCGAGAUUCCCGCUGGACGCUCGUGGCGACAGACUACAACCAGAGGUCUUCGAGUAGGUUGAGGUGUCUCAAGACCCGCCAAAUGCUCUACGGAUCCACGGGCGUGACGGUUAUGGCGCCCACGGAACAGGCGUGCUGUGUCGCCAGGAAGCAAGUGUCGUCGUGUGACUGCAGUUCUCUUAUUAUCCCUCGAGAACUGACCAUCAACGGCGUGAAGACCCUGACGGCGACGCUGAAGACAGACAAGAGGGCGAACGUGCAAGGGUCCUGCGACGCCCCUCCAGACACCCCGGCCUCCACCGCCUCCUUCUACGUCGCCCUCCAGCAGUGGACACAUUUCUAUACGUUAAUCUCUAUGCACUUAAAAGAGAAAACUUCCACAGCUACUCUCUCUCCCUCUCUCCACUCACUCCUCUCCCUCGCCGCCUUCUACAGGAGCUCUUGGUAUCACAACAUGGUAUGGUCGACGAACAAGAUGCAGAUGACGCCCCAGCUCGAGUUCGCCAUCACGGCCAUCAACAGCUCGACCAGCGUGGCAGUGGGAACCUGGGCGUCGAGUUCCCUCCUGACGCUGAACCCCAACUACGAGCACUCCCCCAUCAGGAGGUUCUUCAGGAUCGGAACGGUUAUGGCGCGGCCGUGGGUGUACAAGAAGGAGGGCGGCGGCGCGGCGGCCUACGAGGGCUACUGCGUGGAGCUCUCCAAGAAGCUGUCAGAGCUGAUGACGUUCGACUUCGAGUUCGUGUUCCCGGCGGACGGACACUACGGGGCGCGGCAGAAGAACGGCUCGUGGAACGGCCUCGUCGGUGACCUGGCCAACGGGAACACGGACAUCAUCGUAGCGCCCCUCACCAUGACCUCAGAGAGAGAGGAAGUGAUAGACUUCGUGGCUCCGUACUUUGACCAGUCCGGCAUCUCAAUCGUGAUCAGGAAACGCCAACGCCAGGAGAAUUUGUUCAAGUUCAUGACCGUCCUGAAGGCGGAGGUGUGGGUGUCCAUAGUGGCGGCGCUGGUGGUCACGGGCAUCAUGAUCUGGCUGCUGGAUAAAUACUCACCUUACUCAGCCCAGAACAAUGCUGCUCUUUACCCACCCAAUUGCAGGAUCUUCACGCUGAAGGAGAGCUUCUGGUUCGCCCUGACGUCCUUCACGCCCCAGGGGGGAGGGGAGGCACCCAAGGCCCUCAGCGGCAGGACUCUCGUAGCGGCUUAUUGGCUCUUCGUGGUGCUAAUGUUAGCGACGUUCACCGCUAACCUCGCCGCCUUCCUCACCGUCGAGCGUAUGCAGACGCCCGUGAGUUCCCUGGAAGAGCUAGCGGGACAGAGCAAGAUCAACUAUACCGUGUUAAAGUCAACGGCCACAGGACAGUACUUCCAGAACAUGGCGGCCGCAGAGGAAGAACUUUACCGGGUGUGGAAGGAACUCACCCUUAACAGCACAAGCGACCAGAGCAAGUACCGAGUGUGGGACUAUCCUAUCAAGGAGCAGUAUACGCAUAUCCUUCAGGUUAUCGAGGAGACAGGUCCUGUGUCUCGAGCCGAGGAAGGUAUAAAAAAGGUCCUGGACAACGAGAACGGAGAAUUCGCCUUUAUCCACGACGCCUCCGAGAUCCGCUACGAAGUGUACCACAGCUGCGACCUGACGGAGGUGGGAGAGCCCUUCGCCGAGCAGCCGUAUGCCAUCGCCGUGCAGCAGGGAAGUCAUCUGCAGGACGAGAUCAGCAGGGCGAUUUUGGAACUGCAGAAAGACCGGUACUUCGAGGCUCUCUCCGCUCAGUUCUGGAACUCUUCAGCGCGCGGCAUUUGUCCCAAUGAUAACGACUCUGAGGGCAUCACCUUACAGUCCCUUGGUGGGGUCUUCAUCGCCACACUAAUAGGCCUAGCCCUGGCCAUGAUCGCCCUGGCAGCCGAGGUCAUGUACUACAAGCGAACCCCAUCUAAGGUCACGGACAUCACAGCCAAGAUGGCGCUCAAGUUGGACAAGGACCACGUCUCGCGAAUUAAUGUAACGCCUGUGUACUGAAGAGGCGUGGGCGGGAGACCUGU